UUACAGCGUGAUUGGAAGACAGGUGUGGGGGCAUACAAAUUGACUUGGGUGGCUCACGGCUGAAAGAGUUUACGGUUGCUCUUUGUAUUGGGGUGCACUGUUCUGCGGACACAAUUCAUAUUAUCACGUUCACAUUUCAGUGUUUUGCGGUGUAUAGUAUCUCGUGCCCUGUACGUCUUUGUAUCCCUAAACGCGACAGGAAAUGGAAGACACGAGCAUUCCUCCUCACUCUACGGGAAAUGGGCAACCUCACCAAAAUCCAGUUAAUCACACAAGGCCAUUUUUCUACGUUCAUCCACCUUCUCAGCAGUUUUACUACCAAUGGCAAUUUAAUAACCCGUAUGGUCACUAUGGCGCCUACCCGGGACCAGGUGUUCCCUAUGGGCGGCCAUACGUUGCUCCCUAUCCAUAUAUGACAUGUCCUGGCUACAUCAUGCCACACGCUCCGAUGCAGCCCAUCGACUACAGGAGGAUGUCUAACCCACAGCUCUCCCCCGGCAUGGCCUGCGAAGCUCGAUUCCACCAGCAGGCGCGCGUGCACCGGGAGACGGCUUCCUCAGAGACCCAGACUGAGGCCAGGGACGCCGUCAGCGAACUGAUGGUGAGGCUGGACAGGCUCCGGGUGACCGAGGAGGCCUCGGAGGAGAACGAGCUGGAUUCUGGGGUGGUGUCCCAGACCUCCGGGCUGUUCCUGCAUUCAGGGCAGGCCCUUUCCUGCCCUGUCGAGGAGCAGAAGGAGGACCCGGCGGCGCUUCCGGCUGUGGAGGCCAAACUGCGGGGCGAGCUCUUGCCCCUGCCCGAGUGUACCGCGAGUUUGAGCCCGGGCCGCACGGGGGAGCUGGUUGGGCAGCAGGCCUGGUCUGUGGAUGUCGACGGGGUCCUACCUCUCGACAGCUCCUCCCAACACGAGGAGAGUGACGGAGAGCAGGUGUCGGAUGAGUCGGCGCGAUUCCCCGCCCACGAAAAGCAGCGCCCGGCCCCUGUCCAGUCUGACUGUCCCAGGGUCUGCUGUGAGGAAAACAAGGAGAACUGCAGUGGUGGAAUCCACCAUGUUUACAGACCAUUGAGCCCACAGGGCUGUAAUGAAGCGACACCAGGAAGGCGGCAGUCAAACCACCCAGCCGAAGAAGAUUUGGGGCACAGAGGUGAAGCUCCCUGUCCUAAGAUGGCGGGUGUGGCUCACGUUCAGGAAGAGCCUGUCCUGGACCCACAGACCCUGCCGUACCGGAUCCUGCGGCUGCCCUGCGAUGAGGUGACGACAGGCGGUGUGAUGCCGAGUGACGGCCCCCUGUGGCCCGUAGAAGCCCCCGCCCUUCCCCCGGCCGGCUUCCUGCCCUCGCUCGGGGACGGCUUCCUCUACAGCUACUACCCCUCCGUGGCCCCGGAGCGCCAGAGCGUGCUCAGCCCCUCCCUGGACGAGCUGUCCUCCAGGGACGACAUGUUCUCCACCGACCUCGAGGACGUGGAGUCGGUCUCGGGGAGGGCCUACGUGGGCGAUGGGAAGCCCGCUCGGGUGGCGGGGGAGGUUUCGGACCCCGGCGAGGAAGACGAGGGCGGGCGGUGGGAGGGAGAGGAAGAGUGCCCCGCCCGAGAAACAAGGCUGUGCGCUGCUUGUGGGUCGUGCCUGAAAGGGGGCUCCAGGAGGGGCAAAUCCACUGGGAAGGGACCUUGGGCCUGUUCCCGGAAUGACGAAGAUGUGGCUGAAGAAGUCGAAGAUGACUGCGACGGUUACGACGAUAUAGAUGAUGGACUGAAAGACCCUUGUGAGAGCUGGGAGGAGCCUGUCAGGAAGCUCCAGGCUCCCGCUAGGCACAUGCAGGCCCCUGGCAUCCCCUGGCAGAAACCCAAAAACGGCUACAGCAGUGAGCCCUUGGGCCCGUGUGGUCUGGAGGAGCAGGAACGGAAUUACCCCAGAGGGCCUGAGUGCUGUGAAGGGCACAGGGCCUCCACAAAACCAGACCAGUGCAAAGGGCCCAAUGUAAGGGCCCAGUCCAGGCUCCGCACAGACCGACAGCUGGUGGGAGCGGACCGAGUUUCCACAGGCCAGGAAUAUUGGGAGACCUGUGGCAAACCCAGACCCAAGUUUUGGAAAGCCUAUCCCUCCAGAGGGAAAGUGAGACCUGCACGCAGACGGGCUGGCUGCAAGACGUUUGUGCCUCAGAGGUUCAGGAGGGACUACAAUGAGGAGGAGGAGGAGGAAGAGGAGGGGGAAUUUGUGCGCUUCCAGAGGGGCAGGGGCUCCACUAAAAGAAGAGGCGCAAGAUACUAAGCUAAAAAUUGCACUGCCUUAAUAUUAAAAAAUAUAUCUAAAAAGCACUCUCUAUGAAAUUAACACAAAGCACAUUAUAAUAAAUGGACACCUUUUGUUUGUGUAAAAAUUGAUAAAAAUGCCAAGGUGGAGAACACCCUGUUAAAGAUGCUGCUCUUCCGCUGCUUGAUGGAGCCACGUCGGACGACACGUCUGACCCGAUUACCGCCUGGUGCCGUUUCUCUCCAGGGCUCGCCCUGACGCACGCCCACCUGGCCCGGCCUGCCUCGGCCUGGGUCCCGGAUCUUAGCGGCGUCAGGGCGUGGCCUGCGGACGUUGAAGCCCGGGGUGGGGGCUGUGUUCUUGGGCAGUGGAAGUGCAGCUGGAGGGACGGGGUGGGCCUCUUUGUUUGGCACUCUGGCCGGCCAGCCAGAGUCUCGAGUGUCUCCUUUUUAUUAUGGUGCAGAUAUUUUAAACACCGCAGUGUAAUAUUUAUCGUGGAUGAGUAGCACAUUCCUGCACAGUGUUGUCAUUAAAAUCUUUGCAUUGCAAUUAA